UUUCUCCCCUCUCCCGGCGCGAGAGAGGCACGACAGCAAAGAUCAAGAUGGCGGCGCCUAUGAACAACGUGGAUGAAAUUCGUGAUAGAGUGAUAUUGGGUGAAUAUGGCGUAAAAAAUGUCCAUACUACAGAUUAUCCCGGAAAUUACCCUGGUUACGAUGACACAUGGGAUUUGGAAAAAUUCAAAAAGAAUUUCCGGAUUGAUAUAGUUCAUUCGGAUGAGAACAUGUUGGAGUUUGAUAUGAUUGGUAUAGAUGCUUCCAUUGCCAAUGCUUUUCGCCGUAUACUACUGGCUGAGGUCCCAACAAUGGCCAUCGAAAAAGUCUUCAUUUACAAUAACACAUCGAUCAUUCAGGAUGAGAUUCUAGCUCAUAGACUUGGUCUUGUGCCCAUAAAAGCAGAUCCUCGUCUUUUUGAGUACAGGAAUCCGGAGGAUGAGGAAGGCACAGAAAUUGACACAAUUCAACUUCAGCUGAAGGUAAAAUGCUCCAGGAAUCCUAGAGCCCCUAAAGACUCUUCAGAUCCCAAGGAGUUAUAUCUCAAUCACAUGGUCUACUCCGGUGACAUUAAAUGGCUCCCAAUUGGAAACCAAGCCGAUGUGUUUGCAGAUGCCAAGAUUGGUCCUGUGCAUGGGGACAUUCUUCUGGCACAACUUCGACCAGGCCAUGAACUUGAUAUAGUCAUGCACUGUGUCAAAGGAAUAGGCAAGGAUCAUGCCAAGUUUUCUCCUGUGGCUACUGCAAGCUACAGACUUCUUCCUGAAAUCACAUUAUUACAGACCAUUGAGGGAGAACAAGCAGAGAGGUUAAAGCGCUGCUUCUCACCAGGAGUUAUUGAGAUACAGAAUGUGAACGGAAGGAAGGUGGCUAAAGUUGUCAACAGUCGUUUAGACACAUGCAGCAGAGAAGUUCUUCGCCAUGAUGACUUGAAGAACUUGGUGAAACUGGGGAGAGUGCGGGAUCAUUUCAUAUUCUCAGUUGAGUCCACGGGGAUCCUCCCUGCUGAUGUCCUGGUUACUGAGGCCAUUAAUGUCCUCAUCUCUAAGUGCCAGAAGUUCCUUACAGAGCUUGAUGCGGCAGAAAUGGACUAGAUGGAAGAAAUAAGGCCAGUCACACUCAUCCUAUAGAUCUGAAUGAAGUCAUGGGACUGGUUACUGACACUGUACAUAGCGUUCAUAUCUUAAGCGCAAAAAAAAAAAAAAGUGAAUUCAUGCAAAUUCCAAUGAGCAAUUUAAGGCCAUUAGAGAAUUCUGGAAAUUUCUUGACAUUCAAGUGUUUUUGUUUCUUUUUAGUCAAAUUAAUCUGUUUUGUUUCAAAUGUCCCGCUAUAACAAAACAUAAAGAUGUAUAUUAAACUUAUGCUGUUGACAAAAUUA